UUUUCUGAAUUUUUGGAGUUUUUUUAGACAAGAAAACAAAUUUUUUUGUUGCCCAUAAGUGAGGACAACAGGAGGGUUAAAGUAAUUAUUUUGGAUUUGUUAUAGAACUUUAAAGGGACAAAACACUUCUUCUCUUUAAAUUUUCUUUCUACUUAUGGAGCCUGUAAUUGUCACAGCUUUGGCCUGUGCUGGCCUUUGUUAUAUCUACUGGAUCUAUGACAUACUUUAUGGCAGUUCAGAAAAAACAGAGAGCGAUACGUGUCAUGGAAGAUUGUGAAACAGAUUGAUGGUUUUAAAAGUCAACCUACUAUCUUCUUUUCUGGGAAGGAGACCUAAUUUAGCACACUGUCCCGCCCUAGAAGGAGUGGCUCUUGAUUAAAACCAGUGGACGACAGCUGAACUCUCAUCAGGUCUGAGGGCACUAAAGCCUCAUCACUCGUAGCCACAACUGGCUUUCUCUCUUGUUCUGUAGGUUUGUUCUUCCGUUUGUUUUCAAUGGCUCAGAAAUACAUACUCCUGUCUGUCCUUUGGAUAGCUGUAGCAAUUGCUGCUCCAGCCGCACCUGAAGAUACAACUACACCUAAACCUACAACCACAACUGCGGCUCCAGAAACUACUGGAACUACACCUAAACCUACAACCACAACUGCGGCUCCAGGAACUACUGGAACUACACCUAAACCUACAACCACAACUGCGGCUCCAGGAACUACUGGAACUACACCUAAACCUACAACCACAACUGCGGCUCCAGGAACUACUGGAACUACACCUAAACCUACAACCACAACUGCGGCUCCAGGAACUACUGGAACUACACCUAAACCUACAACCACAACUGCAGCUCCAGGAACUACUGGAACUACACCUAAACCUACAACCACAACUGCAGCUCCAACCACACCUAAAGAAACAACGGAACCUCCACCACCUGCUCCCUGUGAUUCAAGCCCAUGUGGUGAUGGAGCCACCUGUAAUAAUUUUGGCCCGACCAGCUUUACAUGCUCAUGCCUGGCUGGUGAUACCUACAAUGACACGAGCCAAACCUGUAUAGAAGCAAAAGUUUUCCCCGGACAGCUAACUGUGCCUGGAAUACUCUAUAAUGACAGGAUGUCAGACCAGACAUCAGAGGAAUUUAGAGAAGCAGCUCAGGAUAUUAUUAGUGAGUUGGAGGGAUUAUUCAGUGACACACAGGGCUACACUGGAUCGAGAGUGCUGGAAAUCACUCCAGCUACAGCAAGAAACACAGCAGUCGUUGCAUCAGUAGAGAACAGCUUUCAAGCAAAUUCUGAAGUCACCUCAAACAGUGUUACAAGUGUGAUGGAUGAUGCCAGCAGUUGUUCUGAUUGUCUACUGGCAGGUUCAAGUUUUACAGAGAGAAACCUGUGUGAGGAUCAACCUUGUGAUAACAAAACUACAAUCUGCACCUCAUCAAAUGGAACUUUCACGUGCGAAUGUCGGGACGGCUAUAUCAGCACUCCCGUCAGUGACAGAAUGUGCAUCGCAAACGUCUCAGAGUCAAAUUCAACUGCAACUCCAACCACAACUGAAGCUCCAACCACACCUAAAGAUUCGAACACAACGGAACCUCCACCACCUGCUCCCUGUGAUUCAAGCCCAUGUGGUGAUGGAGCCACCUGCAAUAAUUUUGGCCCGACCAGCUUUACAUGCUCAUGCCUGGCUGGUGAUACCUACGAUGACGCGAGCCAAACCUGUAGGAAAGCAAAAGUUUUCCCCGGACAGCUAACUGUGCCUGAAAUACCCUAUAAUGACAGGAUGUCAGACCAGACAUCAGAGGAAUUUAGAGAAGCAGCUCAGAAAAUUACUAAUGAGUUGGAGAGAUUAUUCAGUGACACACAGGGCUACAUUGGAUCUAGAGUACUGGAAAUCACACAAGGUCCAACAAGGAACACAGCAGUCGUUGCAUCAGUAGAGAACAGCUUUCAACCAAAUUCUGAAGUCACCUCAAACAAUGUUACAAGUGUGAUGACAGCUGCCAGCAACUGUGAUGGAUGUCUCCUGAAAGGUUCAAGUUUUACAGUGAGAAACCUGUGUGAUGUCAGUGCUUGUGAUGAUAAAACUGCAAACUGCACCCCAUCAGAUGGAUCUUUCACGUGCAAAUGUCGAGACGGCUACAUCAGCGUAACCUUCAGUGACAGAAUCUGCAUCGCUUGUCCAAGUGGAAGCAAAGCGACAGAGUCUGGGUGUGAGGAGUGUUCAUUUGGUUAUUCUGGUUUUAACUGUGAAGAAAAUUGGCAGCUCUUGCUGGUAAUCAUCGGCUCUGUACUUGGUGGAUUGCUCCUCAUUUGUCUCAUCCUUCUUCCAGUAGUGGCUCUCAAAUGCUCAAAGAAAAGCUCCAAGAACAGGAGCGAUGCAGACAUUGGAGAAGCUUACAUCACCCACUCUUCUGCCAAGUCGCCUUUGGUUAACCGCAACGUAGCCAACAGCCAGGCUUCACUGAACGGGUCAGACAAUGGUGGAGUGCCUCGGAUCCCACGGGCCACAACCAACAGCGCCUGGGACAGCAGGACCAACCUGGAGAUGAGUCCAAGCCACAGCCGGCAAAAUCUGAUCUCUGAGGGGAAAAACCCGCGGCCGUUCGACGACCAGGAUGAGAUAACUCCAUACGGUGUGUCUCGACAGAACAGCCAGCACGCUCAGCGACCUCAGAAUCGAGCUCAGUUCAACCCGUACGCUCAGGGCAAAGGCCACAGCAACCCUUACUACCAGCGAGACGGUGGAAGAUAGCUGCAUUAAUGCAGAAUCACAAAGAUUGACCCUGCAGUGACACCGAGAUCAAAAAUGUACUUUGUUGUAGUUUAGAGUUUUUAUUCUAAAUACUGCACAACAUUCAUAUCUCUUUAGAGUAAACAUUGUAUAAAUAGAAGCACAACAGUUGCCUCAUUUCUGUGCAAAACCUGAAGAAAUAUCUAAUAUGCUGUAAUGAAUAUUAUUGUGCCAUAUGUACUUUCAUCUCUUUGACUUCUAUCGUGUUUCCUCUUGUUUACUAAAUUAUAUGAAAUUUGGGAAAUGAUUUUUAAGUUUUGUUGCACUUCAUUCACUCAGUUACUCGUGACAAGCUGAAUCCUCAAAAUAAGGAGCUGCUCAAGAUCAUCCUCCUGCUCAUUUACUGUCUUGUCUUGAUAUUUAAUUACUAAAUUAAAAGUUAUUAUUUUACUUGUGAAAUGUUUCCAGUUUGUGACGAGUCAACUCAGUUUCUGUGAAUGAGUGUCGUCUAAUAAAGUUUUAAAUGUCUCAGUCCUCCAAAUGGUGCCAUGUUUGGCUCAUCUGUACUCUAUAUUUCACCGUAAUUUGUGUAAAAUAUUUACUGCCUUAAAAUAGCUUUAUGUCCUGUUUUGUAUAACUGAGAGUAUAUUUUGUUUAUUUCUCACCUCUUCCAUGAUCGAUUGAUUCUUAGCUGUUAUUCAGUGAGUUAAACAGCAGUUUUACCAAUUAUGUAUUAUACAAAUCAUGUGGUAUUAAAGUCAUUUUAAUGUUAUAUAAAACUGUAAAUAAAUCUAUGAAA